AUGGCCCUUUUGUUUAAUACAACCCUCUUUCUCUUAGCUGGUCCCUCCACGACUGAGACGUCAGGGUACCGUCUGCUUGCUGACUUGGCCCUUGUCAAGGUCACACCCGCAGGAAGUGAUCGCAACAAGCUGAAGGCUGAUGCAGAGAAAAGACAAAAUGAGCUGCUCUCUGGAAUGUCCUAUGAUGGCUUCUGGUCAUCCACCAUGGAUACUGCAGUUGCACUGGAAGCACUGUCAACAUUCGCUAUUGCUUAUCCCGAGGGUGAGGCAAACUUCAUGAUCCGAGCCUGGUCGGAGGGCAGAGCUGCCACAGAAACCAUCGUCAUUAAACCAAACAACUUCACGAUCAAUGCUAAUGCUAAGCUGGACAUCCUUGCCACUGAGGAGCCGUCUGAUGUUUCUGUCAGGGUGGAGGGCAGUGGUGGUACCGCGUACGUCAAUUUAGUUGCGAUGUACAACGUGAACAGUAACGUCAAUCAGAAGGCCCUCACCAUCACAGGAGGCUCCUUGAUCACAAAGGAUGGACGCACUUACCUCAAGUCAUGCGUGCAGGCUGACCCGCUGACCCGUUUGUGUCACUUUAUCACUUACCUCAAGUCAUGCGUGCAGGCUGACCCGCUGUCUGAUGCUGCUGUUGGCACUAUGAUUGUGUCGGAGAUUACCCUCCAGAGCGGCAUGGUUUUUGUGAAUGUGGAGGGAGGAAAGGACGUUCGCUUUGCCCCGACCAAGAUUGAGAUGGACAAGCAGACAAACACAGCCGUCUGCUAUUUCAUGAACAAUGUGGAGGACAACUUCAUGAAUGAGCGUUGUUGCUACGUGUUUUACGAACAACAGUUUGAGGUGCAAAAUCAGAAACCAGGAGUCAUGAGGGCCCGUGACUACUACCAGACAGAACAGAACGUUGAGGCCUUCUACUCGACGAGUGACCUGGAAAUGGAAUGCUCAGAGUGCGUCACCAAGAAGCUUACCGGCGGUUCAGAGAGCUUUAGAUCUUCCCUCACCACAGCCAAGCUUCUUAUGACCAUGACCAUGAUCUGGGUCAUCAAGAGAUUUUAAGUAGAUUUACCUGACCACAGACAAGCUUCUUGUGACCAUGAUAAUCUGUGUGGUCAAGAGAUUGUAAAGAGAACACACACACAAUAUUACCUAUAAAUCUCAUUGGAAUGGGUUGCAAACACUAGCAUUUUUUAUUAUUUAUUUUUUAAUGGAAAUUAUGAUCUUCUGAAAAUAUUUUAAAGAGUUAUAAAUAAUCUAGCUCAUAGAUUGAAAAGUCCAUAAAAUAGAAGGAAACAUGAUGUUUAAAAGAUGUGUCUCUCUUUCAUUGUAUGUAAUGCCUCUAUAUACUCAGUUUAUGCUUUACUCUUGUUGUGCUCUUUUUUUUGUACUAGGUAUUGUUUCAUGUUUUUUGGACACUCUUUUGCACUCAAGUAUUUAUUAAAUAUAUAAAGAAAUCCUUUUUGCAUUUUUUUUAACAUUUUUUUCUUUACAUGUCUUUACAUUUUGGUAUAUGUGUAUUCACUCUAUGAUUUUGUUUAGAAUCUGUGUAGGUUUAAAAUUUCUGUAGUUUUUUGUUAUAGCCAAUACUGGUAUUCUUGUGCAAACAUUUUUUAUUAUCUUUUAGAGCUUUUUAUCCUUUUCAUAUUGCUGAUAUUAGCUAUGCUUUUUACCAAUAUUAAACAAUGAACAUAUUUUACAUGUCUAACUCAUGCUUGACAACAGCAUCGCAGAUUGUGUUGCGUACAUGGGUUAUCUAACUUAUAUCACCUAACCAAUAAGUUUUCUUAAAUUGAGUUCAACAAAGUUUGAAAAGUAGUUGAUUUAUUAAUUCCAUGUGCAGAAAAAUUUAAUUCAGUGGAAUAUUAGGUUUCAAUUGCUCUAAAGCUGGUCAGAUGCAUAAAAUGUGAAAUUGAACACAUCAUAUGUAUAACCCACAUGCUAUUUAAAAUAUUUGAUUUUCUUUACAAGUUUUUAAUGCACCUUAUCCAUAAUUAAAAUGUUUCAGCAGUAGAUCUAACAUGAUACAACACAACUAUAAAUAAUUAAAUACAUGUAUUGUGUUAAGUCCGAAUAUUAAUACCGUUGACAUGUUCUUCAGGGCCGGAUUAAGCUGUUUUGGGUCCCAAGGCUGCAUAUGUUUUGGGGGCCCCCUUCCAUCUAGCCUCUUCUGUAUAUUGAAAACCAUACUUGAUAAUACAACUACAAAGAUCAGAAAACUUGAAUUUGUUUAUAUAGCAAAACAACAUUGACAAUGUAAAACUAUUUUAUUAACUGAACUUAAAAUGCAUGUUACAUGUAACAGAUUCCAGCCUAUAAAUUUCUUUUACGACAGCUGUGUAACGUCUAGUUCUCGGAGGACUUGACUUUCAGUAGACAGUAGCCCAAUGCUGUCAACCUUUUCAUGGUGUUCCGUAGAUAGUUUUUCUCGCGUGAUUAUGUUGCAAAUGACUACCUUGACAGUUAUCAACUGGAAUUAUUAGUAAAGCGAUCGCAAAGUUGUCUGUAAUUUACCGCCAUCUAACUUUAACAGUUCACUUAUGUGGGUGAUGGAUGGUUCUGUCUUGGUCCGCUUCUAAGAUGGUUUUGAAUGAACGAGCCCGUCAACAAAAGACGCCUCAAUGUCAUCUGGAUUAGAUUCCAAUAGAUGCGCUGCACAUUCUCGCAGAUCAUCCAAGGUGAGAGACUCAAACUAUAUGUCAUGAAACCAAACAGUUUGUCAAGACCAGAAUAUGCGCUCAACCGCUUGGGAAGUUCAAUAAUUAAUGAGACAAUCCACUAUGCAUGUCGUAUGUUUGAAUAAAAAAAUUGUCGAGUGCACUUACUCCAAAUGUGCAUCUGGUGUCGAACGCUCGUCAUGAAAUAGUUUCCGCUGUUUCUUAUGCGUAUUCGCAUCCUACUAUUCGUUGAUUGCAACAGACGCUUCAGUCAUCUUUUCAAUGUCGUCAAACGUGUCCAGAUGUUGGCAUGACCAUACGGGCAAGUCGUAUACUAAACAGAGAAACUAAUGGUUCUGAAUGGAUAUACAACACAGAAAGAAAACUGAUAGCAUAGUUAAUCAAAGCGAACUAAACGGUAACAAUUCGACAUACAUCGGGAAACUUGUAAAAUUACACAGAACAUUUCUACUGCAUUCCCUUAAGAGUCGUUCAAUGGCGUAAUAAAGAACGACUAUACAUUGGGAAACUAGUAUGCCGUUACGGGCCCCUUUAAAAUUGGGGGCCCAAGGCUGCAGCCUUGUUAGCCUAGUAGUUAAUCCGGCCCUGAUGUUCUUUUCCUUUUUCAACCUAUCUUUGAUUAUUGAGCCUACUAACUUACAUUUCAAGUGCAGAACCAUGACAAGUACAUAGAACUUACAUUUCAAGUGCAGAACCAUGACAAGUACAUAGAACUUACAUUUCAAGUGCAGAACCAUGACAAAUACAUAGAACUUACACUUCAUUCUUAAACUUUUCAAUCUGGCAUGCAAAUUCCUAUUAAUAUAAUGUCAUGUGUUUAUAAUUAUGUUCUAUAUUUAUAAAGUAUGUUCUUGUAUUAAACUGUGAUUCUUU